GUAGGUGCAAGGUCUUCUCCAAGAUCAAUCUCAAGUUCGGCUACCAUCAGAUUGAAGUCGAUCCUGCGGACCAGCACAAGAUUGUGUUCAAGACACACGACGGGCUUUACGAAUUCACCCCCGGACAUUUCGCCCGAGACUAUCCGCAGCCAAAGCGUAAUCAGCCCCCACCUGUUGCGGCCCCUGUGGCCCUGAAUCAAGGACGAGUGACCGCAUUGAUGGAUACGGCCCAAGGAAGAGAACUCGUGGCAUACGAGCAGCCUUCCCUCUUAACGGCAAUAGCGUCAACAUCGGGAUCUUCUUCCUCUGACGCUGAUGACGUGGUCGAUCCACUGGAGUAUCUUCAUCUAGCGGGCAUGAUCGGGGCGAUCCGAUCGGCCCCCGAUGAUCUUGAAUGGGUCGAUCGCGAUUCUAAUCUCGGUCCACAGUUUAGGACGGGCGAAAUCGAUGUGUUACGAACGCUCAAGCAGCUAGAUAUCCGUGUUCCGAUUCUGGUGGGAUACUUGCUCACCAUAUCUGAAGCUGCAAAAGACAAGCUGUUACAACAAUGUCUGAAGAAUCAGAAGAGUUUCACAUACCAGCGCGUACAACGAAUGUUAAAAAAGAAGGAGGAGGAAAAAGAGGAUGUUGCGCCACCAGAACCUGAAACGGGCGAACCCGAAGCCGCACAUAUAGCAGCGAUCUUUUUAGCAGAGAAGGAUCACUUCGUACGAGCUCGGCCGGUACUGUGGAAGAGCGCGGAAUGUGAUUGUGAAGUUUGGGGCAAGCCGUUUAACGCCCUUAUCGACACAGGGGCUUCUGCAGUGGCCAUAUCAUUAGACAUUGUCAGAAAGACGGGACGACCCGGAUCCAUUCUUCCUCAAUCUGGCAAAGAUAAUUAUGUCUUUGCCGACGAGAAAGCAAUGAACAUCGUGGGCAUCAUUGAGAAUGUGGCUGUAAAGGUUGGACGAGUACACGUCCUUGUUAACGCACUAGUAAUAGAUUGGAUUCGAUGUCCGAUGGGUAUCUGCAACGCCCCCGCGACCUUUCAGCGAGCCAUGAAUAUGGUUUUUCAGAAUUUCGUGCGGAAGACUCGUUUGGCGCAGAGCAUCAUCAACUACUGUGUGAUUGUGUACAUGGAUGACAUUCUGGUGUACUCGAGUUCCUACGAGGGACACAUGCAGCACAUCGAACGGGCUUUACAUGCGUUACGAGAUGCGGGCUUCAAAGUGGCGCUUGAGAAGUGUCAGUUUUUCCUUACCACCAUUUCCUUCUUAGGACACGUGGUAACAGACAAGGGGCUCCAACCGGAGCCGCAGAAGGUGGCCGCUGUCAGGGAUGCGCUUGUGCCUACGACUAUCACGCAAGUUCGCGCCUUUUUGGGCCUGGCCUCGUACUUCCGAAGAUUUAUCAAGGGCUUCGCGGCGAUCCCGGAACCCCUCACGAAUCUGCUGCAAAAGGAUCAGCCGUUGAUUUGGACGCCGGAGUGUGAUCAGGCGUUUUCGAAACUCAAGGCCGUUCUCAUUUCGGCUCCGGUCCUUAUAAGGCCGAAUCCCGAAAAGUCUUUCAUCCUCAUUACUGACUGGCAGCGAGAGGCAAUUUCGGCAAUCCUGGCCCAGGCGGGACCAAGUGGACUCGAGAGCGUGGUGGAGUAUGCGUCCAAAUCGGUGUCCACCUGCAAGCGCAACUACGCCGCUCCAACGGGGGAAUGCUAUGCGGCACUCUGGGGAAUCAGCCACUUCUGUGCGUACUUGUACGGGGGGAAGUUCACAUUGGUGACCGAUCAUGAGCCUCUGCUGGCUCUGAAGAAAUCGAAGGAUUACUCGGGCAUGAUCGGGCGAUGGGCAACGGUGCUGCAGAGCAUGGACUUUGACAUUCGUCAUCGGAAGCACGAGAGACACGGGAAUGCGGACAGACUGACAUACCUGCACCGGAAGGACGAAGAUACGCUACCAUCACGGCAGGAGUAUCUGAAGCCUUACAACAUCAUCCCUCACGCCUUCUAUCCGAAGGCGGAGGAAGUGGUGAUCGACGACGACGAAGACGACGACGAAGAAGACGACGAUGAGGAAACGUCGGAGGAAGGAAGCUAUAGCGAGUAUAGCGAGGGGGAGCUGAGUGAAGAAGAAGAAGAGGAAGAAGAAACCGGAUCAGAGUGGGAAGCCUUGCCGGAGGAAGCGGCGCAUACUGGCACGGAGAGGGAAGAUCCUGAGGUUGUGCAUAGGCAAGAAGACAUUACCGCCGGGAAACGCCAACUAGAAUUCGCUAGCAGAGCAAGUCAGUGCAUCGGUACCAAUCCGACCAGGGAUCCGGAGCCACCGAAGCCCGAAGAUGGCGACCCCGCAGCCGCCACCCCAAGCACCUCACGACGGAGACGGAGCAGAUCCCCCUCCUCCUCCAACCCCAUCCGUCCCCCAGUUCGCCCACGUACCGAUGCGGGCGAUAGGCCUCCGUCCUCGAACGUUAUCCCACCGUCCCCUUGAUUUUCUCACCCUCGAACAGAUCCGCACCCCCAUCACCUUCCCCCUCCAUCCCUUCCUUCCCCAUCUCUUCCGCGACUUCUACUCUACCCGCCUACUCGCUACCGUCUACCCCCACCCAUCCCUUCAGCCCGCUGCCCCCACGUUCUGCUGGCAUAUCCUGUUGUUCAACGCUGCAUGGGAGCGAUGCAACGUGGUAGAAGUCUACUGUGUAGCCAUGGGGACAAUCCCCGCCUGUCGUCACUACGAGUUCUUUCGGGCGGCGCUCCUCCACACCCUCUCCUCCUUCUAUCGCGGCUACCUCGCUUCUCUCCCUCAUAGCGGUGAUCGCUUUCCUCGCUUCCACGGGAUCAUCCGAUAUGAGGAGCUCCCGGUGACGGUAGAAGGGAUGAAUCGCUAUCUACCCCCACUUCCUCCCCGUCGUCCCUGUGAGAUCCCCUCCAUGUACCACCUCUAUUGGCCCAUUCCAACUAGGCGGUAGAUCCCGAUCACGUGAAUAUCCCCCCCCCCCACCCUCCUCUCUUCAUCUAAUCGGCAGGGGAAAGCGGCACGAAUCAGUAAGCUUCGCGAAGAUCACGCCAGCGACGAUGACGUCAACCUACGCACUGAUUCGACGGACGGCAACAAAACUGGGAUACAGAG